ACACUGCAACAGUGAAUAAAGCACCUACGAGCGGCACGAGCGGUACGAGCGUGGUUGGUUACGCAAUGAUCGGUGUUGGAGCAAUAGUUGUCAUUGUAAUUUGUGGAAUAAUCUACAUCAAGUAUUACAGGAACAACAGACUGACAACGACUGAUGACGUCAACAAGAGAAAUUUUAGUUCGGAAGAAGGCGAAAGUCCAGUUGUGGUUGACAACAUAUUGUACGGAACAUCUGCUGAACCAAUUCAAGAUCUAUACGAAGAAGCUGACAAAGUAGAUCCUGUAUACAGUUGUGCCGAUACCCCUGCAAGCUAUGCGGUCCCAGAUGUUAAAUUUCUUGCUGAAGAAGUGGUGUAUGAUUGCUCUAAAAAUGAGACAGGCGAAACUGGCCACAGCAUCAAGCUUCCAACAAAUGAUAUUUACGCUGCAGUUGUGAAAAAGAAUAAAAGGACAUAAGAAUAAAAGGACACCAAAGUAAUUUCUCGAAACAAUUCGUCACUUGAAGUGUAAAAAUUGCAAUUGCUGAGACCAAUUGGUCAUUUAUAAAGUGUAAAAAUUGCCGGUUAUAUAUGUGCUAAUCAUUUUAAAUGUAUUUUUGUAAAUGUAAUUACAUGCAUAUAAUGCCUGU